AUGAAAGCUAUUUUCUUUGUUCUUUUGAUCGCAGUUGUCUUCAUUGCAAUGGAAGCAUCUGCAAAACAUCUCGUUGGAGAUGAAUCAAUGAAUCUUGUCUCAAAUCAUGGAAUGAUUGAAAAACGUGAAGCUUGUCAUCGUCGUGGGGGAAGUAGCAGUGAUAGUGAUGACGAAGAUGA